UCUCACAGUAUAUAUACGUAUUCGCCCAGGCUGGCAGCUACAAUAAUUCUCAGCAACGUCGUUCAGUUUAUAUCAAUUUAAUCAAAGAACUUGUAUUUUAAAAAUGGAUCAAGCAUUAAAGAAUUUCGUGCUCCUUUGCUCGCUCCUACCGUUGACACUAGGAGGCGAUGUCCCAGUAGGUGGUUGCAGUUGUGCUGUACUUGAUGUAGAAAGUUUGGAUCCGAUAAUUGAGCAAACAUUGCAGUAUAACAUAACUUGUGACCAGGAAGGUGCAGAAAAAUGUCAGCAGCUCUGCAUGGCACUGGCACAAGGCGCCAAGGAAAAAGCGCCGGCUAUGAUUUGCGAAAAACUCAACAAACAUGUGGAUAACUUGAAGGUCGCCGUAUACACCAAAUCGUGUGACGCAACUUCUUGGAUGUUCACCGGGCUGAAAAGUCCGGAGCCAAUCUGUUGUCACAAUGGAAAACCAGCUGUCUGUAACUCUAUGCUAUCUAUUAUUGAAGAAUAAUGUAAUCUUCUAUACGGGUUUCACUGAAACGCAAUGAACUCAUUUAUUUUGCAAUAUAAUAUUUUGGGAGGCGGUAACCAGGACUUCACUGCCAUAGCGUUAUAUAUUCAUUUUAAGAAUAAUUGACAUUAUUUGCUUAUUGUAUGACGAUCAGGCUACGAAACUGGAUUUCCAAAUAUGUAUUAAUGUGUUACUAAAAAAAAGUGUGUGUAAUAA